AUAUAAAUAGCACCCACAGCACAGAUCAGAGGGCGGGAGAGCUGGGAGGAAGGAGGAACAGAUUCUCAACCAUGAACUCCAGCCAGCCGGGGACCUGUCCAUGCCAGCAUGCUGCAGGGCGCCCAGCCAUUCUGUAUGCACUUUUGAGCCCCAGCCUCAGGGCCAGGCCUGCUGUGCCCCCAGCCCGUAGGCAUUGCCUCUGCAAGCAGCACCGGCCUGUCCAGCUGUGUGCUCCUCAUCGCACCUGCCGGGAGGCCUUGGACGUCCUGGCCAAGACAGUGGUCUUCCUCAGGAACCUGCCAUCCUUCCGCCAGCUGCCCUUCCAGGAUCAGCAGCAGCUGUUGCGGGACUGCUGGAGUUCCCUCUUCCUGAUUGGGUUGGCCCAAGACACUGUGACCUUCGAGGUGGUAGAGGCCCCGGUUCCCAGCAUCCUCAAGAAGAUCUUGCUGGAGGAGCCCAGCAGCAGUGCAGGCAGCGACCAGCAGCCGGAUCUGCCUCGGCCCUCACUGGCUGCGGUGCAGUGGCUCCAGUGCUGCCUGGAGUCCUUCUGGAGCCUGGAGCUGAGCCCUAAGGAGUAUGCCUACCUGAAAGGGACCAUCCUCUUCAACCCUGACAUGCCAGGCCUCCAUGCCUCCUGCCACAUCUGGCAUCUGCAGCAGGAGGCUCAUCGAGCACUAUGUGAGGUCCUGGGGCCUUGGUGCCGUGACCCAAUGCUCCCAAAGGAGGCAAGCCUGUACAGACCCUGGCCCAGCUAGAUGGACUGCAUGAAUCCUCACUCAGCCACACCCCAUUGGUUUGGACAUAGUGCUCCAGCUGUCUGGCUGGCCCUUGGUAGUCCCCAGAUGCUCUGGACCAAGACUCCUAUCCUCUCCUGGAAUGGCAAUGGAAGCUUAGACUGCCCAUUGGGCAGACAUCCUACUGUCUUUGUACAAAACUGACUUAAGUUAUUGGUUUUUCUAAUAAAAGGUUUUACAUCCAUGGAGCUGACACUGUGGAAGGGACCUUUGUGCAUGUGGAAGGGACCUUCUUAUCUCAGCCCCCAGCUCCCAGCCCCUAUCAGAGGGAGCCCAAGAGGAAGGAACCAUGAGGGAUGCAGGAGCCAGGCCUCAGAGAACUGGGAUAUUGAUUUCAGAGUAGAUGAUUUCAUUUCUGGGGAUAUUUAUUUUGCAUGGGUCUGAAUCCAGAGGAUAGGAUCGGUUCAGGACCCCAUCACCUUCUUGUCUUUAUCUUUGGGGGGAAGGGGUUUCUCUUUGUCCACAAACCCCUCACUGAUCCCUCCCCUCCCUCUGCUCCUGCCCCCUACAGGCUCCCUCUCACCUCAGCAAGUGUCAGAUCAUAGCCAAUAAAGAAAACUGAAACAGACAAGGUCACUGGAAUUUCUGUAGUUUGGCAUCAUUCACUCCCCCCAUGCCUGCAGACAACAGAAAAGGAUGGUCCUUUGUUCUCCCUAUGGGAGGGGUCAAGGACACCCAGGGCUGGCCUGGCAGCUGCUCAAAGGUCAAGGCAAGCAGAGAUUUAGCUGCACAUUAGCUGUUAAAGUCUGAAACAUUUCCAUGACAGCUGGUUCACAGACACUGCCCAAGCUCCCCCAGCUCCCUUGCACUGCCCUUGUAUCCCCCCCAGUCCUUCU